AUGGAACAAGUGCUAUAAAAAGAUAAAUAUAUUUUCUCUACUGAAGCUAGAUUAAUAUCCAUGGCGAUAUCUCAAGCCCCGCCUUUGCUGCUUAUUCUCCUCGUUUCACUCUUUGUUUUACCUGCUUUGGGCAGUCUCACCAAGUUCGGAAACUGCGACAGUACGCAUCAGUAUCCCACUACGGUCAGUUCUGUGGAUAUCUCUCCAUUCCCGGUUAGGCGUUUCAAAGAUGCAAACUUUACGAUAACUGGUUCUACAAGGAAAGCAAUCCCUGGUGGAGCAAGUGUAGAGCUCAUCUUUGUGGUAUUAACACAAUAUGAUAAAUUCUUAGACACAAAGAGUUACUCAUUGUGUGAUAUAACGGCGUGCCCUGUUUUACCUGGCCCAUUUGUCCUUACUUUCACUAACGUAAUGAAGCAUUGGGAACAUGAACAUUUACCAUAUUACGUGGUUGAUCUAAAGAUCAUGGAGAAGAACGUGAAAGAGCCAAUAAUGUGCAUCGGGUUCUACAUAUAUGGUGGGUUCACUGGUUAUGUGUCUGAGAUUAGUCAAGUAUUUACCGGGUGA